AUGACACAAAAAGGAAAGACUAAUAAUAGCGCAAAGGGAUAUCAGGAGGCAAAAGUUGAAAAAUUAAAAGAUAAGCGUGGCCAAGAAGUCCUCUGUAAGAUUUUCUUAGAUGCUUCGUACUUCCUUUUUCCAGCAAGUAAAGGCAACGAAAUCAAGAUGUAUUUUGUUAUUGCAUCACGGUUAAAUGGACAAGAUAAGCGCUUUUUUAAAAACAUAAGACUUGCAAGAAAGUUGGCUAUAGGCUUUUUGACUGCAUUUGAGUACAGUGAGAAAAGAAGAACCGUUUUCAGGAUAUCGUCCGGAAGCACAGAAUUUGACAAACUUUUGGGAGGAGGAAUUGAGAGUAUGUCUAUCACAGAAGCUUUUGGAGAAUUCCGAACUGGGAAAACGCAGCUGUCACAUACCCUUUGUGUGACUGCACAGUUGCCAGGCCCAAACGGCUAUGGUGGAGGAAAAGUAAUAUUCAUUGACACAGAGAACACCUUCCGUCCUGAUCGAUUGAGAGCAAUCGCUGAUAGAUUUAAUCUUGAUCAAGAUGCAAUGCUGGAAAAUGUUCUCUAUGUACGGGCAUAUACAAGCGAGCAUCAAUACGAGAUCCUUGAUUGUGUGGCUGCUAAGUUUCAUGAAGAGCCAGGAAUAUUCAAGUUAUUGAUUAUUGAUUCAAUUAUGGCUCUGUUUAGAGUGGAUUUUUGUGGACGAGGAGAGCUAGCUGAUCGACAGCAAAAGUUAGCCCAGAUGCUUUCAAGGCUGCAGAAGAUUUCAGAAGAGUACAACGUUGCUGUGUUUAUAACUAACCAGAUGACUGCUGACCCUGGAGGUAUUAUGCAUUUUCAAGCUGACCCUAAAAAACCGGUUGGGGGCCAUAUAUUGGCCCAUGCAUCAACAACAAGAAUUAGCUUGAGAAAAGGAAGAGGGGAGUUGAGAAUUGCCAAGAUCUUUGAUAGUCCUGAUUUACCCGAAAACGAGGCGACAUUUGCUGUAACUAACGGUGGAAUAAGUGAUGCCAAAGAGUGAUAUAAGAGCUGCACAUGUCAUUGGCCGACACUCCAAAUCGAAAAAACACAGAAGUAAAGGGUAUUUUAAGGCAAGAAAACGAUGGAUUGUUUUUCACGGCAUUUAAGCAAAGACUUUUAAGAUGAAAUUAGAAAUGUUAUGUUGAGGGAAACUACAGUUCUAGCUGUCUGCAAGUGGUCUCUGAUAAUGCUUUCUUUGUGCUUGCAGCAAUUCUGAUAAUGCUUGCAGCAUUUCUCAACAGUUCGCUCUGUUAUAAAACAUUGCAUAAUAGAAAUUUGUUGAAAUGCUAUGAAAUGCUUGUAAAUUUCCCGAAAUCUUACAGGUUACCUAAUUGUAGAUAGAAGCUGUGUGUGAAGUUAGUUCUAGUUUUGAAGCUAGUGUCAAUCUAUGUUGCGCAUAUCUUAUUUAUCUUUGACAUUGUGCAUAAUUUAGGCGUUGCUUUUAUCUAAAUAAUCGAUUAUUCUUUUGAUAAAUUUGACACUGCAACAAUUUGCACCUGUAGCCGAACUAGGCCUAGAAUUGAUUCCGUUCUUAGUCUGACUCCUGAAAUUUUUAUUCAAUACACCAAUUCGACUUACGGCCUCAUUUUGAAAAAUUCUUUUGUACAAAAUUUUUGACCUCAGAUUCGGAUUGACAGCAAUGAUUUUAGUCUACUUGUAAGUUUUCAUUAUGAUAUUGCUCACGAUAUUGAUUUUAUGACGACAUAAA